CGGGAAGGAGCCGGAGCGGGGCGCCGCCGGCCAUGCUGAUCACGCUGUGCUACCUGUACCUCUGGGCGCGCUGGGGGGCCGGCUGGGCCGGGCUCAUCCGACGCACCGUGCGCCGGCUGCACCGCGCGCGCUGCGCCUUCGUCUUCGGCUGCUGCCGCGGCGGCCGGGGCGGCGCGGGCUGCCCCCCUCCCCGGCGGCGGCGGCGCAGGCAGGGGUCGCCCGGGCUGGGCGAGGAGCCCGUCUGCCUCCGGCUGGGGGACAAGGUCUUCUUCACUGAGGAGACCCCGCAGUCCCUUGAUGAUUUAAACAAAUGGACUCUACUUCUCGUAUCUCCUUUUAUUUAUUCUGAUAAAAUACUUGAUGCAGAACAUAUAGCAUUUGUGACUGAAAGUGUUUCUGCCCAGGCAGAUGAUUUACAGACUAUAUCUAGUUCCUCAAAAAAGGUUAUAAAGUGGUCAGACUGUUGUUCACCUUUGGCCUAUAAACCCGGAGAACCUUAUAAAUUAAUUGCUGAAGCAAGUGUGGAUAACUUCAGUAACCUUGGAAUAGCAUUCAUGGAAGACAGACUUCAAAUGGAUAAUGGAAUGGUGCCACGGAAGAUUGUUUCUAUCCAUUUACAGGAAUCUGCUCUAAAGGAGCUCGAGCGGAUGGCUGCAUCUACAGAAGAGAAGAAUAGCACUAAUAGCAUACACAUGGAUGAAUUGACCCCUGCUCCUCCAUUUGCAGCUGCAACUAAACAAGGAUCAGCGUCAACUGAUUCUACAGGAGGUGGUGACCAGGAGGUGAGAGAAGAGAAAUCCAGGCUGGAGAAAAGAAGUGUCUCUCAUGAUGAGCCUAAUAACCUAUCUGAAAGGGAGACAAGUACUGGUAAACAUCACCACCUGCACCUUUCCAGCUGCCAUGAAUGCUUUGAACUUGAAAACAGCACCAUUGAGUCAGUCAGAUAUGCUUCAUCAGAAAACAUUCCAGAACUUCCUGAUGAUUGCAGUGCUAGCGUGGAAGAAGUUACCGAUGGCUGUCUGGCAAGAGAACUAAGAAGGAUAAACCUCCCUGGGAAGACUCCCAAUGUUUUAAUUUAUGUGGGCUCUGACCCUAUGAAAAUCAAAUUUGAGAAGAUAAAAUCAGUGCUCAAGGAAUGCAUUCAUACAGACAGCUACACCAUCUACCAGCUGGUAGAGGAACAAAUUCUGAAAGCUCCCUGGCUUGAUAACUCGUUGUUGUUGGUUAUUGCCACAGAGGAACCCAUUUCUAAGGACAAUCACAAACAGUUCCUGACCUACUUGUCAAGAGGUGGGAAGAUUUUAGGACUUUCUGCCUCUUUUACAUUUGGCAGUAUACAGAUAAGGAGCAAAAGUGAACUGAAGAAGACCAUCCAAGAAUUAGUGUUCUAUAAAGCAGAUAACAGUGAAGUUAAAUUAAACCUUCUGACCAGUGGCAGUGUUUUUGAGCAAGAGGCUAAAGAAAAUCGGAGCCAAGUGAAGUCGUUGAGUCAUUUAAGUAAUACAGAUAAAGAUAUGAUCAUUGUUCAUCUGCCAUAUGGAGAUUGUGGAGGAGAAGCCAUUCUGUGUCAGAUAUACUUGGAAAUGGAUAUUGCCUCUCUGACUACCCAAACCCAAGAAGAUUUUAAUUUACUCAAAAUGAGCAAUGCCAAGAGAUAUGAAGUUCUUAAGGAGAUCCUGACCUUGCUUGGCCUGAAUUGUGAAUUAAGCGAAGUUCCUUCACUAACUCCUAUUUAUUUGCUUGCUUCUGAUGAGGAAAAUCGUAUUGCUUUUCUGAAGUGGCUUGGAAAAAAAAUAGAUGUUGAAGGAUUAAUAAAAUCCAGCAAAAUGACCCUUAAGUUUGUCUCGUCUUACAAGCCGGAAAUUGAGAUAAUGCCAUCUCUCAUACCAGUUGUCACUGUGGGAGGCUUCUCAUCUGAACACUUCAGCCUGCAGACAUAUCAACAGAAUCUGCAAACAAAGAAGCUUGGCAAGAUUGUUCUGUUUGCUGAAGUCACAUCAACAACAAUGAAUCUUCUUGAUGGGUUCUGUAACCAGAGGAUGGCCACUCUAUCAAGGGAGGCUAGGUAUUGUAGAUUGCCCUCCAGAUAUGAGGUUGGGGACAGUCUUCCACCAUAUGAGGAGUUGUCUGCAAUGCUGGGAGGAAACCAGCACAGCGUGGUGCAUGGUUGUGGCAAUUCUGGUCGAGCCAGAGAAUAGCCUGUUGAGCCUGUGAUCAAGUGAUCAAGGCAGCAGGUGUACGAUGGACUCCUGACUUUACUUAAUGAGUUAGACUCUUUCCCACCAAUGCCUCCAGUCUGUAAGGAUAUAUCUUUCAGCUCCGUAGCAAUGCUAAUCGUUCGUGUGUGGAAAUGGGCCAGUAGCCCUCUUGUCCAAGAGUGUGUGAGCUGCUGUAAAGGAGGAGUGUUGAGCCAUCAGGUGGGGUGUUGGAUCCCAGACCAAAGGGGUAGAAUUCUUCCCUUAAAUACAAGCAGACCUUUGAGUUAGUACUGGAAGCAAUAAUGGAAUGGCUGUAGCACUGAGAUAUGAAACAAGACGAGCCACAUUGUUUGUGAGGACAGUGAAUAACCUUAGAUUUUCAGGUAAUCCUGAACUCAUAGCGUUGACCAAGGAGGAUUUAAGAGAAUAACUGAUGAGGGAGAUUGGGAAAACAGAAUGUUUGACCCACAUGAGUAUCGUCAAUUUAAUCAACUACUCAUAUGCUUAAGUGUCUACAGAACUGGAUCUACAGGACUUUUCUUCGCAAUGAUGCUAUUUGAGAUGUUGGCUUUCAGAUGAGAUGUAGAACAGAAGUCCUCAUCAUUAAAUAGUGUUUUGUUGGAGAAGGGUGUCCUCCCCAAUUCUAGUAUGGGCAAUUAAAUUCUGCCUACUGGAAGCUGCCUUCUUAAUUAGCUACGGUAUAAGUUUUGAAGAGUGUGGCUGGUAUUAUUGUGGCUGCAUUGUUGUGGUCGGUGAUAUAUUCCUUAUACAUACGCAGCUUGCAAUUCAGUGAAGCGCUUUGAGGCUUUAAAAGCCAGCCAUUCACAAGUGUCUAUUCAAAAACUAUUCUGGUGUCUUUAAUUGAAAACAUAAUCUAAACAAAUCAAGUGUAUAUUGUACUUAGCACAGAUUCCCAAUGAGUCAUUAUGAAGUCAGUAGAACAUGUAGUGUAUUACUUUCUUUUAGCCAUCAGUCCUAAGUAAAACAAAAACAAAACCAAAAAAACAGUUCCUGGAAGCAGGUUUUAUUGGAGGUCCAGGCCAAAGGGAAAUCUCAGAAAAAAGCAUCUCCUUGCUUGCAAUAAAAAAAAAAAAAAAAGUAGCCAUGGAAAACCCUGAUAAAGCUAAGAGUUCCAUUAAAAAUAGUGUGUGUUUCAUUUCAGGCUUGCAUAAACAGACAAGUUUUAUAACUGCAGAUACUGGUUUUCGGCACUUUCAAGAAACUUUAUCCGAUGAAAGCUCUUGAUUUUUUUUGUCAUGAUCUAACGAAUGCUUUGCACAAGUAUUUCAACUUGCCUUUAUUUCAAUGAUUAUACUUCUACGUAAUACUAUUUGCGGCCUGAGUUCUUUAGCUGUGCAACAAAUGCAGAAAGGUGUCUAUCCUUAGAAUAAAUGUUUCAAACUCUAGAAAUGAUAGCUCUUAAAAUUUGUUAAAUCUAAGUAGACUGAAAAGGUGAUAUAGAAGUCACUUCAUAGGCAUUAAACUAUGAUGAAUUAAUAAAUAUGACAAAUUGUUAAUAUAAUGUUGAUCACAAGUAUGCCAUUGAAGUUCCAGAAUGUAAGAUGAUUUGAGGUUUUCCUUUACCUUUUCCACAAGUUGAACCUUAGUUUUUCUUCCUUCUCACUCCUCUGAACCUACAUAUCCACCAAAAAUUAAGACAUAGAAGGAGAAAGUAGGCUGGAACUAAUUUAAUGGCUGAGUGACCUCACAGUAGAGAAACAGCCGGAGCCUAAUAGAGGUCUUUGUCUACAUUUCCACCCUGGCUGGUAACGUGCCAGUCAAAAGUCAAGCAAAAGAAACAGGUGGAAACUAUUAGACCUGUCAUAAAGUUUGAAAAAUUGAUUCUGGAGUUUAAGUGAAUAGAUUGAACUUGACAGUGUUGUCCUAAAGAUUCUAAGGGAAAAAUCUGUAGUUUAAUUUGAAAUCCCCUGAUUAUUCAUUAGCUCUCCAGAUGGCUUGUAUUGAUGUUUUACAUAUAUUAAUAUACACACUGUAUUAUCGUUGGCAUAAAUUUAAAUGUACUAUAGUAACACACAAAGUGUGCAUACACCUUUAAGUACCUUAAAUUGAAGGGUAUUAGACUAAUUGUAAAAUAAAGAUUUGUUUAGAUAUUUAGACUAAUCAGUAAUGCUUUUAUAGUUUUACAUUAGAUGUUACUGAAUCCUUUGAAAAUAUUUAAAUUUUUUUUACUAUUUUUUUCAUUAUUUAUUAAAUUAAAAUUUAUAAUGAUCAUCAGUACUGCAAUUUAAGUCCCAUUCCAGAGUUUUUGUCUGUCAGUCAAGAAGAUCCAUCACCGAGUCACCCAAACAGGUUAUCCUUUUCACUACCAGGCCCCACUAGCAUGUGUGGGAUUGUAUGAUUUAGCAUGGGCUCAUUAUUUUUAAGGAUGCAGCUGGAAUAGUGAUACAAGUAAUGUACUGUAGGGACAUAUUUGUCAGGCCUGGGGCACUCAAGAAAUGAUAAAGAAAUAGGUCUAGCACACUUUUAUUGACUGGAGUAGUUUGGUCAAAAAAAGUUAGAAUAUUAAUUAGGCAUAUGUGGUGAACUUACAGUUUUAUUCUUUAAAAUGUUAUAGUUGCUAUCAGUAAUGUUUUAUGUUGUAGAAGGGUUGGUUUUCAUGUGUAUAAGUGCAACAUAUGAUCUAUAUUAAAUGCCUAAAGAUCUAUGUGUGUGUGUAUAUAUCUAUAUCUAAUAAAAAUGCUAUUGUAGGACAUACUCCACUCAUAUAUAAUGGGAAGAAUGAGCUUAAAACACUCAGUAUGGUGCAGUAGCUGUGGACAGGACACAUGACUUUAUUCACACAGCAGGAUAGUGAAUUUUAGUGUAGGAGCAGAGAGGACUAAAUUGUUCUCAUAUACCUGGUAAAUAGGGAUAUUUAAUUAAAAUGACAAGUCAAAAUAAACAGUGCUCAGUGGUUUAAAAAGCCCUGGGGGAAAAAAAUCCUCUGCAUUGCUGGGAUCUCAUUUGAGUUUUUUCUUUAAUGCCCUUUUAGGUUCAUAUAGCAUGAAGUUCACCAAAUUGUGACUUCACUUGUGCUUCUGAUUUUGAGCGGUGAUUAGGACUUGAAAUUAAUUUUAAAACUCUGUUGCAGUUAUUUUAUUUAAAGAGAAUCAGCAAGGAAAGGUGUAUACAAUGAUGUGUUGCUGACACUUCUGGGAAACUGAUAGUGAAGUGAAACUGAAGCAGCAGUUCAAAAGAGAUAAUUUUUAGAUUGGGAGAGAAAGAGUGAUCUACAAAUACAUGGAGACCCCUUUCUGUCUGCCCUCUAUCAUGCCUUUAGCCUCACCUCCUUUAAGUCCUGUCCUAAAACAUACUUAUUCCCAAAAGCCUGUAACUAUUGCCUUCCCCGCAUAGGUAACUGAAAACUUGAAAAGAAGGUAAAACAAAUUGUGGAACUAAGAUGACCUAUGCAAGACUAUGCCAUACAAGUGCACUGUUUCUGUCACAUCCUGUCCCUUGUGCUUACCUGUUUAAGGCACAAUCUUGCAGACACUUGCAGUAGCUCUCCCUGUGGUUCUACCUACAUAGGCAAAAAAGUGUGUCUUUCAAUAGUCAUCUUAACAUGACUAAAAACCUCCUUUAACACUCAUAUAGACAUAGUUUGCUAUGUUUUAGAUCAUUAGAGCUGUCAAGUUGUAGCCUAAACUCAGCUGGGAUUUAAAAAGCACCUUUGUCUAUGUAGAUAAGGCAUUCCAUAAAUAGUUCCACUGAUCUCCUACCUUCCCCUCCCUUUUCCCCUAUAGACAUCUUGCAGGACCUAGGCCCUUAGACUGUAAACUCCACAAACCCAACUUUGUCUUCUACCCUGUUUGUAGAGUGCCUAGCUCUUUGAUAGUGAUAACUGUCAUGAAGGUGACAGUUAAAGUGUAGGGUUCUUGUUUAGGGGCAGACAAGGCUAGUUAACUCUGACUGGUUUUUUUUAAAUUACAUGAGACAGAUUCCUUUAGUCAAAUUUAAAGCUUAGAUUACCAGUUCAUACACUGAACUGAAUCUACAGCAUCUGUUCUAGAAUUCUAGUUAGUACUAAAAUAUACCCAUACUCUGUCUCAUUCCUGCUUGUAACUGUGGUCUUCCACAGUUACAUGAUUCUGCGUGAUAAAGGACUUGGUCACUUUGCAGUUCCAAGUUCUGCAUUUUUUUAUGCAUUGCACAGAGUUAUUCAUCCUUUUCACAGAGUAUUGUCUUUUUUCCCCCUCCAUAAAUGUUCAAGUUAGUGAGCAGGAAAAUGAUGUCAUGGCUGGCAAAAGGGAUAACUUUUACUUUAUAUGUACCGAAAAUGUGCAUUUUUACUGGAUAUUGCCCCUAAACCUCCAGUUUAUUCUUAGUAUUCUCUUUAGAGUUCUUAAUAAAAUGUGUAGUGAAGUGCAACUAGAGGAACAUCUGAUAUAUGCAAAAUAAUAAUGGAAAGAGGGAGAAAGGUCCCUGGAUAAUUGCUGGUUUAUAUUUUAGAGUUACAGGGCAAGGUCACCAUGUAAGAAAGAAAUGUGUGUAAACGGAGUGGACAUUGCAGUUGAAUGUGUAGAGGUACAUCAUUUUAAAAACUACUGAUUACUAAAACCCUAGCAAGUUUUAAUAUUCUUGAAUGUACUCUACAAAUAAUUUAACUUGCAUGUAGGGUAUGAUUGUAUAACUUGAUUAUUGAGACAAGAAUCCAACAGAAGUUGGUCCAAUAAAAGACACUACUUCACCCAUCUUGUCUCUCCUAAUACCCUGGGACCAACAAGGCUACAGCUUCACUACAAAUAACCUGAUUAUUGUAAAACACUAGAAUUACAUAUUUAUUGGAGGGGGUGGGAAGCACCUUUUGAAGAUUUUUAAACCACCAAUUCACAUCCAGCCAUCUUCCUCAUUGUU